AUGGAGCCGGGAGUAAUUCAAGAGAAGCCACUACCUAUGCGAGGCUUAAAACAAGUGAAGGUGGAUAAUUGGGGAUCGUUCUUUCUUCAACGACUUCAGACUCUUUACUUGGACGAACAAUUUCUUGAUCUUAAAAUUAAAUUUCCUACAAGUAAUAUUACUGUACAGGCCCAUCGACUUGUAGUGACAACAUGUACAGACUAUUUUAUGCAACUUGAAGAACAGCAGAAAGAAAAAGAUGAAAAUUUUGAUGGCAUAAUUAUGCCUUCAGACAUGCCGUAUGAGUGUGUUAAAUCUAUUAUAAGUUUUAUGUAUACUGGACAAUUGGAAUAUUGGACAUCAGAGCAACAUGCUUUGUAUCGUACAGCACAAAAGAUGAAUAUGACAGUCUUAACAAAGUUGCUUGAAGCUCAAUUUAACACAAGUAAAAUACAAGAUGAUACGGCAAAAACACCUCCGAUGAUAGCCGUCACGAAACCUUCAACUCCUCCAAUUCCAAAAACAGUUACCAGCCCUAUCAGUUCGACAUCAAAUGUACAAACAUUACCAGGUAGAAAGCUUCCUAUAUGGAAAAGGAAACUGGACGAAUCCCCACCUGUACCAGCGAAUUAUGAAGUACGAACAUUCCACAAUACAUCUUCAAUACAUAAAGAAGUGACUCCUGGUCCAUCCAGAUUUGAUCUUCCAGAAGCAGAGGAUUUUGCUUUGGGAUUAUUUUCUUCAUUCGAUGAUAUUACAUAUAAUACAAAACCUAUUGUUCGAGCAUGCAACACAUAUACAAAAGAAAACUCUAUUAAAGGUUCGCCUGACAGAGAUAGUAAAAACGAUACAACUGAAGAUGAAGACGAAGAUAACCAAGAGAGCGAAAAAAACUUGAGAAACACAAAUCUAGUUGAUGAUUGGAAUAUAUCGAAAAAUUAUGAGAGAUCUGAAGAAGGCCCUUCUAAACGAGUGCGUUUUGAUUUGGAGGAAAAAGAAAAUGUAGAAAAGUCUAAGACGAAUCAUGAUGUGAAUCCGAAUACCGACGAUUCUAUCGAUAAUCACGCAAAGAUUAUCAGAGAAGUAUUAAAAAAAUAUCCCCAUUUAGUAAAAAACAAUAAAAAUAUUCGCUUGAAAAUCAUGCAAAAAGAAACAAAAUCCUCCGAAAAUAAUACUGCGUCCAAAACAAAAAUAUCUUACGUCGUUUUAAAAUCUGAUCACUUAUUGACCAUCAAUAAUGAUGAAAAUAAUGAUUCCAAGUGUAAUGGCAGUAUCGACGGCGAAACAGGUCCCUGGAAAUGUAACAAAUGUGAUUUGGAUGAGGAAUAUACAAAUUAUUAUAUGUAUAGAAGACACAUGCAAGAUGUGCAUGACGAGAAAUUUGAUCCGAGGGUUUGCGAGCAUUGUGGUUACAAGGCAACCAAGCGCAACAUUUUGAUGUAUCAUCUUUAUACCAAACACAAUGUGCCACCACCGAAGAGCAUGAGCUUUCCGAAAUGUCAUGCCUGUUCAUACAUUGCCUUAUCAGAGACUCUGCUGGUGCGUCAUCAAAUAAACCAUAAUCAUCGGCCUGCCGCAACGCGACAUUACACUUCGGAGGAUAUUCAAUGCAAUCAAUGCAGUCAGUCAUUUAAGAGUAUCACUGAACUUACUACUCACGAAUUGAACAGCGGACAUGGAAAUGUCACAGAUGGUAAAGGUCAUCGUUGUCCAUACUGUUGCAAAGUGUUUGUGCGUUUGACGAACUUGCAAGUACAUCUGGAUUGCGCGCAUAAAGAAUUACAGAGAGACACCACCGAGUCUCCUUCGGCCGUACCUGCAUUAGAACCAUCAUCUGAAGCGGAAGCUCUCAGCCACGUCGCCAGUGGUAUAGCUGCUUCUCUUGGUGUUGGGGACAUAGAGACGGAGACUCCGGAAACGCAGGAAGAAGAAAUAGAGAUUGUAAAAACUAAUGACAAUCAGUACAUUGUACCAAAUGUAUUGAACAAUAUGGAACAUAACAUCAGUUAUGGUGCGCAUGAAUUGGAGGGUCAGCACAUGAUUAUGUUAGUCAAUAAUGACGAAAAUUAUCAGCACGGUGAGAAUAAUCAUCAUCAGCAACCGCAACAGUUAGAUAUCGCCGAUAAUGAACAGAUAGUAAUGCAGGGCACCGAUGACGGUAUGAUUGUGUACAUUCAUGGUGCUGAGGAAGCCGAUAACCGAUCUUACGAGAAUUAUCAGCAUGGCGAAGUUAUACAAGAGACGGAAGAAAUAGUAGAGGAAGUUGUUGAGGAAGUCGAAGAAGUAGUUAUGGAGGAAGAGAGGGUACAAGAGGAAGAGGAGAUGCCUCAACAUAUGUUGGAGGAUUGUGCCGAUAAUCAAGUGGAAGAAGUGGUACAAUAUGUCGAAGAGCAGACAGAGAUAGUAGAAUACGACGAGGAACAAUGCAGCGAACAGAGCAAUAAUAUAGAUGAGCAACAAGACUCUGUAAUGAUCAUAGAGGAAGAGCAUGUCGAGAGCGAGGAAGACAUGGAAGAGACUACUGAUAAAAAGAUACAAAGUUUCACUACCGAAUGGGAUGAAGAUAGCGCUGGAUUAACAGAAUCAUGAAUACUGUAAUUAUUGGAUUUUUUAUUUGCUUGUGUAAUAUGUUUAUUAAUUCUAACCAUGAUAGUUUAAUUUUAAAGCGACACUUUAAAGGAGAUUUUGAUUUUACAUUAGGUGCUUUUCUCAACAAGAGACAUAUGUAGAUGACAAUGUAAUAGUGAUCACAUCUUUAUUGUUUGUCAAUGUUAAACAAAGCUAAAAUAAUCACUGUCUCUUGUUGAAAAGCACUGUUUAUGUAUGUAAUGUUUGUUAAUAAUGAACGAUUAUACAACGGACGGAAUACAAUCAUACCUAUUUUGCUACAUGAUAUAUUUAGCACAGUAAGCCCACAAAUUUAAUCAAAUUACAUUUAACAAUAGGCAGGAGCAAUAUUAUUGAAGAUAUUGUAUGAGCUGGUACAUGUGAAUUCUAUCGUUGCACUGACACAAAUUUUGUUUUAAUAUAUGCUAAAAUAUAUAUUUUAAACGCAAAAAAGUAUAAAACCUCAAUUCACAAUUGAGAUUACUAUACAGUGGCAGUACUGUUAAGAGUCUGAGAUGAGAAUCUGUAAUCUUCAAACUUGCGACUUUUUUUCAAAUACAAAUAUAUUCAUAUAUGCAUAUUUGUAGCUUAUUAUAUGUAGCUUAAUCUAAACCCAAGAGCCAUUCG